GGGUAACUCGAAAUCACACACCCUACAGCCGUCCCUGCCAGGGCAGGCAGACGGGGGUGGCAGGCUCUCCCUGGGUUCUGCACUUACAGUCCCUCUCCAGCUCUGCUCAGUCUCCCCUCUCCCACACCUAGGGCAACCGAAGGACCACUGAGCACCGAAAGCACCCCCGAGAAGAGGCCAGCCAGAGGCAGGCAGACCCCGCCGCGGCCCAGCGUCCUACAGGGGCAUCUAAAGGGAGCGGUGCUCUGCGUCAUGUGGGGCCCGCCCCUUCGAGGGCCCGGGCACGGCGUGUUCCAAGGGCUCGGCCGCCGUGGUGGGAGCGGGACUUCCGUGGUUGGCUAGCGGCGCCUCGCAGGGCGUGCAGAGGGGCCCGGGCGCCGCGUGCGGGUCUCCGGCGGCCGAGCCAUGGCGGGGCGCGGCGGGGCCCGCGGCGCGCUGUCGCCGCACACUCUGCUCUUCGACCUGCCGCCCACGCUGCUGGGCGAGCUGUGCGCGGUCCUGGACAGCUGCGACGGCGCGAUGGGCUGGCGCGGCCUGGAGAGACUGUGCGGCUCGCUGCCCAUCGUCCAGUGAGCUGAGGCUUGAGAAGGGCAAGCCCACUCGGAGCGGCUUUCAAACAGUUGGCUAGAUGUUCGUCUUAUUGAGAAAUAUGUAGACCAAGGUAAAAGUGGGACAAGAGAGUUACUUUGGUCCUGUGCACAGAAAAACAAAACCAUCGGAGACCUUUUACAGAUUCUCCAGGAGAUGGGACAUCAUCGAGCUAUCCACUUAAUUACAAACCAUGGCACAGCCUUGAAUCCUUCAAAGCAAAGUCAUCAGAAAGAGAGAUUUCCAAACAUGCCAGCCAAGGUAAAGCAGGAAGCAGCCAAUGUCACAGUGGGUGAUGUUCUUAUUUCUGAGCACAAUAAAAAAGGGAUGUUGCUUAAAUCCUCCAUCAGCUUUCAAAAUGUUGUAGAAGGAACUAAAAAUUUCCACAAAGAUUUCCUAAUUGGAGAAGGAGAGAUUUUCAAGGUAUACAGACUGGAGAUUCAAAACCGAACAUAUGCUGUUAAAUUAUUUAAACAGGAGAAAAAACAAUGGAAGAAAUUUUUAUCAGAGCUUGAAGUCUUACUACUGUUUCAUCACCCAAACAUACUGGAGUUGGCUGCGUAUUUUGCAGAGGCUGAGCAGUUCUGUCUGGUUUAUCCAUAUAUGAGAAAUGGCACACUUUUGGACAGAUUACAGUGUAUUGGUGACACAGCUCCACUUUCUUGGGAUGUUCGAAUCAGUAUAUUAGUAGGAAUAUCUAGAGCCAUUCUGUACCUGCACAACAUUCAACCAUGCUCGGUCAUCUGUGGCAGUAUAUCAAGUGCAAACAUACUUUUGGAUGAUAAGUGUGAACCCAAACUAACUGAUUUUGCCAUGGCACACUUCCGAUCCCACCUUGAACACCAAAGUUCUACCAUAAGCGUGGCCAGCAGCAGCACUAGACAUCUCUGGUACAUGCCAGAAGAGUACAUCAGACAAGGGAAACUCUCAGUGAAAACAGACAUCUACAGCUUUGGGAUUGUAAUAAUGGAAAUCUUGACAGGCUGUAGAGUGGUGUUAGAUGAUCCCAAACAUAUUCAGCUGAGGGAUCUCCUUAUGGAAUUGAUGGAGAAGAGAGGCCUCGAUUCAUGUUUCUCACUUCUAGAUAAGAAAGUAUCUCCCUGUCCUCGGAAUUUCUCUGCCAAGCUGUUCUCUCUGGCAGUCCAGUGUGCUGCGACGCGAGCAAAGUUAAGACCGUCAAUGGAUGAGGUCCUGAAUGCCCUGGAAAGUGCCCAAGCCAGCUUGUAUUUUGCCGAAGAUCCGCCCAUGUCCCUGAAGUCCUUCAGAUGUCCUUCUCCUCUGUUCUUGGAUAAUGUACCAAGUAUUCCCAUGGAAGAUGAUGAAAACCAGAAUCAUCAUUCACCACCUCAUGAUAAAAGUUUGCAGGAAGAUCGAAUGACUGAGAAGACUCCUUUUGAGUGCAGCCAGUCUGAGGUUACAUUUUUGGGCCUGGACAGGAACACAGGGAGCAAGAUUCCAAAAGAUACUUUCAACACGCCCAUUUCCUGUGAAGAAAGAUGGCUCCCAGAGCAUGCAGUUCCCUCCCAGGACUUAGGGGCCUCUGAGAUACACACGAGCUCCUCUUCAGAUGCUCCAGACCAUUCUUGUAGGAGCAGGCCAGUGGGGGCCAGCUGUUCCUCUCAGGUCUUCUUGACCAAACAUGAACAGUACAAAAAUGAGUAAAUGUCAACAGAAGAUAAAGAAAAAGCAAGCGUUGCCUAAGCUAAGGAUAGGUUUUGGCUUGGGAAGAUGCUCCCUCCUGUAAAUAAUGCUGAGAGUGAUCAACAGUGAAUUUGAGUAAUGCAAAUGAACACUGGGAAAAAUUCCAUUUCUUCUUUCCCACUCCAACAACAGAGUGGCUUAAAAAAACCCUUCUAUCAGGAUAAUUGCCUCAUGGUCAAACCCAGGCUAAAUAUGAACCAUUCAAAAUUGUUCGAGAUCAUCAGUUCUGACGUCAGCCAAACAGAUCAAAAACUACUAGAAAGGGACUGGAUUCUCCAUCAUCAUCAGCGACUUCUGAGAGCCUCCGUCUGCUGAGUACAUUCCGUUGGAAUCCAUUGUUUGGUUUAGGUCUCCUGUCUGGGAUAUAGGAAGUAUUUAAUUUGUAAAUGUUAAUAGAUCCUUUUUGAAAGAAUUACCUUUGUAUUUUGAUUGGCCCUUAGUAUAUUUCCAUUCAUCCCUGUUGAGCCUGCUUCUCUGGAGAUGAGCCAGAUUCACAUUGGCAAUGACAUAUUCUGUGUAGAGAGGGGAUGUCUGCCUAAGAUCUGUAUUUCUGUGUUAAAACACUUAGCAUGACUUAUCACAUACAAUGAAACUAUUGAUUCCUA